AUUAAUUCCAUGAGUGUGGCGCAGCUUAGCCAGAAAUGGCUUUGUGCCAACUCAAACUAGCCCCUUCGACGUAUGCAUUUCUCCCUGUCAAAGUACAUAGUAUCAAGUUUAGUAGCUAUUGGUCAACCGUCAACACACUCAAAAAUAAGGAUAUAUAUUCUUGUUUAUUAUAAGCAUAAAUCAAAAACGUUUCAUGAAAAAUCUUAAAUAGACGUACAACACUACCUUUUUACUAUAGUCGCUUGACCGUUACUUGGCUAUUUCUUGGAAAGUUGUUUUUGCCAUCUGUAAUAUUUUCCGUCUGCGUCUUCAAUGGCUCAAGGUCACUUCUAAGCUUGCACGACCCCAAUGACAUUGAGAGUGAAACCAUUGAUUUUAGUGCGGAAGACUUCACAGUGGGAGGUGUUGGUUUCUUGAGAAAUUUUUGCUUAAAACUUGUUACUGCAAAUCUUUGAAGUACUUUGAUAGCAAUGGAAAACUUUUCAACAUCGUUACUUAACAGAAUAAUUGUCUUAGAAAACGCUUCAGACAUAGUUCGCUUCAGCUUCAUCGUACAAAAAUCUAUUUCGUACUUGGAUUUGAAACUAUGCGACAAAUUGAUGGUUUUUAACUGUCUUAACAAAACAUGCGGUUGCUGUGCCUUGAAAUUUUCAAGCUAUUUCAUAAACACAGAAGAAAAAUGUCGGAAAUAUUUUACUUCGAGGCGAAAUCUUCUCUACACUUUACAUCUGGAUUUGCCGAAAAAAAGAGAAUAUAGCCUUAAAAAGGUACCAAAGACGUAUAAUUAUGAAAUGUGUGAAGAUAUACCACACUUAGCCAAAAUUAUUGCUAUCUGUGGAUUUUCCGAUAAGUUAUUAUCUAAUUUCAUUCAAGACUUCAUUAGGGUCAAUAAUCAAAAACUUAGAAUUUUGAAAUGGAUAUUAAAAAUGGAUUUUUUUGACAGAUCCAUGCUAUAUUAUUUAGAGAUAGAAACUGUGAAUGAAUUCAUUCACUGUUUUCAUCCCACCAUUACAGAUCCUGCACUUUUCAAGAAUUUCAUAAUGCAAGUCGAUAUAGUAGAAUGGAUUAUAACGUAUGAGGACCAAGAGAUAGUGGAAUUCCUACUUUCUCAUGCACGCCAUUUUGGAAGGGAGGACUUAAGAAAAGACGCAAUGACUUUUGAUGCUACUGUAGAUCAUUGCUUAAUUAAUCGUUUUUUAAAAAAUAUUGGUCCCGUUUUGAAGUAUAUAGAUGCCCCUACAUUUCCCAAAGAAGAUUACUGGCUCUACCCAAAUGAAAUUUUGUCAAUGAGAUCAGACUUGAAUGUCAAAGAAUUCCGCAAAGCAGAGAAGCAGACUGGACUAAGAAGGAUGCACAAGCUAAUGCAACUUAUUUGGAUGUACGUCUACUGCGAUGUAGAUUUUGAUACCGAAACUGCAUUAGAGACUUUGCGACUAAUAUGGUCCAGUAUUCCUGAUCCCUACAUAAGUUUCGAAGAAUUCGGGGGAAUAUUUUGGAAAGUAUUCUCUGCUGAAGAGUUGGAGCGUAUAUACGACUUCUAUGGCAGAGCUGUUGGUGAGUUUUGUGAAAAGUGUGAACCAAGAUCGCUUCAACAUCUGUGUAGAACUGUAAUUAGAAAAACUUUGCGUAAAAAUCAAUACUGGAUUCCGGAAGGCAUUAGACAAAUGGGUUUGUCGAAACCCAUUCAGUCGUUUUUAAAUAUCGAAAAAACAUUUUGCAUCUCUAACGAAUUUGGAUUGUAACGAAAAUUUCAACUUAUAAUAACUUAGACGCGUCUUUUUAAAAAUGCUUUACAAAUAAAUA